AAACAGGUCGUUAAGCUUCAAUCGAUUCUAUUCAAUCAGUACGAUUUAUUCGCUUACGAAGUGCCUGAAAAGUGCAGUUACUUUUCCAUUAUAUUAUUGUUAGGCUUGUUUUUCUCCUUUAAUAAUAUUAAACUUAAUUAUCGAAUUCUAGAUUUAUUCGUUAUCACUUUUUAAUCAUAUAAUCUUUCACAACGUUCACCACUUAUUAAUGCCGAAACGAAAACACAAUAAAUUUAACAACUCGAAGAGAAUUCGAUCGUCAAAUACAUCAACAGCAGAUAAUGAAUGUGAAAGGAAUAUUACUGAUGUAACAAAUAUAUCUUUACAAUCAAAUGAUGAAGAUUUUCUUGAUAAUAAUAUAAAAAUGACUUUGAAUAAAAGAAAAAAACAUCUGAAAAAUUUUUAUGAUCGUACAAAAACAGCACCAGGUACAUUUGAUGGUGAAGAUAACAUCUUCAAUGAUCUCAUCGAGACUUCAACUACUGCAUCGACCAAGAAAAAAGUAUCAAUCGACGCCAAUCUAUGUCAAACUAUUCAAUCAGAUUCAUCUGUUGAAGAUGGUUUUCCAUCAGCAACUCGUACAUUAACAACUACUUCUCGUGAUCCACACUUGCUUUCAUCAUCAUUAACUGAUAAUAUUAAUGUAUGUCGUGGUAAAAAUCAAUCAUUAUUAACAACUGAAAAUCAUCCAUCUGAUUCAUAUUUAUUUGGUGCAAGAUCGAGUUCGAUUGUUGUUGAUAAUCAACAUCAUCAUUCAUCAUUAACACAACAAUCGAUUGAUGAAAAUGAAAAGCAAAUACUGACGUGA